UGUCAUCUUCGUUCUAACGAUGUUCUCAUCUCUUCAUUCUCGUUUGAUUGACUAGGCAACUACAUCUAUAUAAUAUAUCACAGAAUAAAGAUGAAGAUCGACCGCGCCAAGCGAGCUAGCAAGGACUUGCGGCGCUACCGCAUGGUCUUCGGAGUCACUGAGCCGUACAGAGUCCUACUAGAUCCGACCUUAAUUCACGUGGCACUGGAGUCCAAAAUCCACAUCAAGGAACAGCUUAGCAAACUCCUGGGCAGCUGGAAAGUAACGCCUAUGGUCACCUCUUGCGCGAUCAAGGAACUAGAGCAGUUAGUCGAAAAAGUAGGCGGACAAUACAAAGGAGCCUUGAAAAUCGCGAAAACAUUUUAUCACUUGAAAUGCGGACAUGUUGAUCAGUCUUGUGCGAGUGCGGGUAGGGAGGUGCAGGAAGGCCAAGUAGACAAGAACAAGAAGCAGAACAGGAAUGUGGAAGGUCAAGGCGCUGUAGUAGAUGCCUCUGCGUCAAGAAAAGAUGAUGAAACUGGCGAAAGUAAAAGAGAAGAUGAAGAUGGUGAAGAUGAGCCCAAGCUUAGCCGACAAGCGAGGAAAAGGAGACGAAAGACCCAAGCAAAACAGGCAGAGCAGGCAAAAAACAAGUCUUUCUCCGCGUGUGAGUGUAUUUCCAACCUAUUCAGGAUGUGCCCGAAAGACGCCGAUGGGGCGAAUCUACAGGAGAUAACUUCUACCUCUAGUUGUUGUUCUAGCGUCGAGGACGCUACUUCAAGAGGCGACGGUGUCACGGCAGAGCGUAAUUUCCGUUCUUGGCUUGUUGCUUCUCAGGAUGAAAACUUGAAAAAGUCAUUGCGACAGAUCCCAGGUAUUCCGAUUCUCACUUUGCACGGCCAAGUUCCAGGUCUAGAAACCUUGUCCGAGGCAAGCAAGCGCUAUUUGUCCACCUGCAACACCGACAGAGUGGAAAAUUGCCUGUCGGAAUGGGACGCCAAACACAUGCCAGUCUUGCAGAGAGAAAAGCGCUUGCGCGAAGCUGAACUUGAAGCAAGGAAAGGCAAGAAGAAGCGGAUGCGUGGUCAUAGGCCGAAUCCGUUGUCAUGUCUCAAAAAGAAAAAAAAGUCUGCUACUGCGGUGCACAAGAAAGUACGCAAAGCAGAUGGCGAUGGAACCGCGGGAGACGAGGUGAAAAAGAAAAAGACGAGGAGUCGGAGCAAGAAUAAAGUAGGUGGGAACCAAACCAACACAGGACCAGAACCUGGUGAGUAAGUAAGAUGACUCUCUAGUACCUAGAAGUUGCACUCGUUCCCUCUCUCCGAAACAUGUUUUAAUUACUCCAAGAGAGGUUAAACUACAACCUACUACUACGUACUACUACCUAGAGGUUCUUGCAGGUCCUCUUGCUUCAACUAGGACAACUGCUUCGAAGAUGCAGUAUCUAUUGUGACCCCAAUGAUCCCAAAUUUACUUCAAAUUCAAAACCAUGCUGGAGAUGAAUACCACGACACAAGAUAACAAUGCUAGCAACCAUUUGCUUCGGAU